UUACUCCUUUUAACCUUGUUAAUUUUUUGGUGACAUUUGAUUGUGUUUUGGUUUGGAUUCAAUUAGUUAAUUAGAUCAAAUCGAAUUUUUAUUCUUGAAUUGGUAACUAGUUUGUUUGUUGAUCAUCUCUUUAGUAUAAGUUUAAGUAUCUACAGUAAAUAUGUCGGAAAUUGUUAAAGGAAUCAUUCAUCAUUGUAAGAAAGCUCCAGCAAUUAUCCCUAUUGUCGUUUUCAGUGGUGCUGCUGCUUUGGGUGCUGGUACCUAUCUCGCGAGAUUAGCCUUGCAAACACCGGACGGAGUUGGUAUUAUCAAUAGGCAAAGAGAACCUCAUAAUCGAUAUGAGAAAAAGAACUACAAGUUUUGGACUUACUUUGAUGCAGAAAAUUAUGAACAUCCUCGACCUCGAUAUGAUUAAAAUUUUGGACAUUCAAAUGACCAUAAACUAAAUUAUAGCAUCAAUGAGGAGAAAGAGGUUAUCCUAAUAGUCAAUUUAAUUUGAAAAAAAAGCAAAAAGCAAAUAACCUACUGUGUAUGAUAUUAUUAAUUGUGUAUUCUAAUUUUCUGUGUAGACCUAAACUCAAAUUACAAAAUCAGAUCAUAAUAAUCAUAUUGGAAAAAUGAAAGAUUAAGACAAAAUGAUUGAAUAAUCAUUGAAUAGCUGUUAACAUUUUAAUUGUUUCUGCUAUGAAAUUGUUUAUUGGUGAUGAUUGUUAAUCUAAUAAUCUAAUAUGAAUCAAUCCAAUCUUUUGAAUAAGAUUUGAAUCAAUUGAAAAUAAUAAUAAAAAGUUAUUCUUAA